UAUACGUGGUGACAUACUUGAAUUGACAUACUGUGGUUAAAAAUUACAGAUUUCAUGUCAUUAGUCUUGAAUGUACUUGUUAUAUUGAAGUGGUGACCCAAUACAUGCAGUGACAUAUAGACACUUCUGUAAUACUUGACAGUGACCAAGUAAUGUCACAGGCUGUCAGUGGUAUUCUGACUGUCCAUAGUGUCACUGUUUGACACACACCAACUGCUGUAAUAUUUCAUAGUGACCAAAUGAGAUGGACUUGGUACCUUGAACUUAAAAAAUCUCCAGAACGUGCCACAGGCAUUUGUCACUGACAUCUUAGCUGUCCACUUUGUCACAUCAGCACAGUGACAGAUUAUUGGUAUGGUGUCAGCGUGACAUUUUACAGCUGUGACAUUAUGGUGACUUAUGCAGAGGUCUAGCACCCAGCUGCUGCCUUUAACACAUGCUGUGGAGAAACAUCAACACUUCACCAGAUUAUCUUCUUUUAUUUCUCCUUCAAUGUACAAAUGUACAUGGUUUCAUUUUUUUGUCUGUAGUGUGCAAAUUGAUGACAUCUCAAGAUCACUUCCACUUGUGAGAAACCAGAUGAUUAUGAGAAAAAAAUUGUAUCAUUGCGUUUUUUUUUAUGGUGUCAGAUGUCAAUACAUUUUGUGAUCAUUUAAGGGAGUGAAGAGAUUUUUUGAGAACCAGGAUUAUUCUGUGGAUUUAGAGAUUGUAGGAUUAUAUAUACAUUUAUUGUGUGGCUGGGAAAGUGUAUUCAUUGGCAUCAUGGGAGACAUACCUUCAAAAAUGUAUAAUAUUUAUAAGGGCCCUAACAAGGCAGGAGAGGUCACAGAGGAAAAAGAAGUGAUGAGCGUAAAGGAGAGAGCCAAACAUCUUAACAAGAUUCAGUCUGAGACAGAACUGCAAAGAGUACAACUUAGGAAAAGAGAUCCUAAACCUAAGGCUGCCCAUGAUGAUGAUGAUUCCUCCACGGCAUCUGUCACUCUGACAGAUGUGGAGAGAGAGUGGAUGAUGCUGUCCUCUAAGUGUGACUAUCAUCCCAUGGCCAAGAUACUGUUGACCAACCCUCAGCUGGCCAAGAAACCAGAUUUCACAAACGGGAUGACUGCAUUACAUUGGGCAGCAAAACAUGGCAGCUCAGACACUGUGAAGAUGAUUGCAGGAACACCUGGAGUGAAUGUGAACCAAAGAUCACAUGGGGGUUACACACCUCUCCAUCUAGCAGCACUACAUGGACAUGAAGCCAUAGUGGAACUGUUAGUACAGUGUUAUGGUGCUGACCCCAACAUACGAGACUACAGCGGGAAGAAGCCAAAGCAGUACCUGAAGAACUCCGCCUCCUCCAAAACCCAGCGUAAGAACUCCGACUCUCUCACUGCCUCACUUUCAAUUUCCACCUGGCCUAAACGGUCCCAUCAGUUCACUGUGCCGCCAUCUCCUUCUGUACCCUGCACGCCAGGGACGCCUAAAUCUGUCUUUGACUUCCGUAGCGGUCAGGACACAGGGUCGCAGAAAAAUUUAGCUCUAAAUGUGACAGUAGUUGACCCUGAACAUUCAGCUCAGAGCAUGACUUCCAAUGCUUGAUAUAUCCCCCUUAGCUCUAGAGUCAGUAGAGAUUAAAAUGCCUCUCUACUGUUAGUAGCUUUAUUUUUAUUAUUAACAAAUUUACAUGAAUACCAUUUUUGGGUAGUUUUAUAUAAAAACCAUAUUUGGGCUUUUUUACAUGAAUACCAAAUAUGGACAGUUUUUCAUAAAUGCCAUUAAUGGGCUUUUUUACAUAGUUUGGAUGUAAAGGCUGAGCUAAAGCUUUAGAAAAAAACAUAUUUUGACUUUCAAAUUGAAUUGCAAGGGAAAAUGGUUUAAUGAAAAUAUCCAAUUUGAAACUGUCACCCUGACAGUGGUGUUAUAAACUAUUAUAGUAGUAUCUCCUGAAAUAGCUAAUUUUAUAAAAAUUAGCAAAUACAAAUAUGGUAUUCAGCAUAGAGGACAGUCUAUCUAAACAGAUCUGUUUUAGGCAUGUAUCAACUUGUAUGUGUCUUAGAUUAGAUUCUGCAUUGUGUAGUAAGAUUAAUAGAGUCCUUACAAAAACUUGUGGUUGUUUAUUACCCUUUAGGAAUUAUAAUUAUUUAAGAUGUAUCUGCAACAUUUUAAUGUUAUUGUGAAAUUUUGUAUUCUCCUGUUUUGUUCUGUUUCAUUUUGUUUCAUUUAUUAAUGAAAAACCAAUUUAUAAGUUAGCUAGAAAAUUGUUUGUAUUCACACAUAUCAGAAAAGCUCUCUUUUGUUUAUGUUGGUAUUCCUAACAUUGUUUAUUUUUUAACUUCAUACUUAGGUUUAUAUUAUUUACUAAUUAUAUCUUUUGUUAAAUACUUAACCAAAAUCUGAUGUAUAUACUUUCUGAACAACUACAGUGGUGCUGCGAACUCAUUAAUUAAUUCAGAGACUUGGUGAUCGGGCACUAACAAUGGAACUAAUAUUGAAAGACAUGCUCAGCAGUUCAAUCACACUGGCAAAGACUGAGACUGUGUGAAGAAAAUGCUCCCAUUUGCCCCCAGGAAUGACUAACUCAUUCAAAUUUUGAUAAGCUUUUGUAUAUUUCUAGGAUUGUAAUUGGUAUUAUUUUUCUAAAAAUCAACGUGAAUUCCCUGAUGUACAGGUGCUAGUUGUAAAUAAAUCUGUCUGAAAAAGAAAAA